AUGCGAGACAUCAGCGUGAUCGUUAAUUUUAUUUUAUUUUACUUCUGUUUAUUACAUACGGCUAUCGCACAGUCCUUCGACUUUAGAGUUAAUCUUGAGGAAGGCAAGGACGCAGGGCAGCCAGUGCAUUCAUUCCCUUCACCAGCGAGUAAUGAAGUUUACACCUUUUUUCCGGCGCAAGAUGCCGAUUCAAAAGCUGCUCGAACCUUGUUUCAAAUUUCUGAACAAGGGGUCGUGACAACAACAAAACCGAUCGACUUCGAAAUCGGCAAGAAAAACUUCUACGACUUGGUGGCUGUGCGGCGUGAUCGAGGUGACAAGGAAGGAGGGGUUCCCUUAAGCAUCCGAAUCUCUAUAACAGACACAAACAACUUCGGUCCCACUUUCCCUUCAAAUUUGUAUCAUGGUAGAGUACAGGAAGAUUCUCCAGUAGACACUAUCGUGUUGGGUCUGGAAGACUGUUUUGCUGAAGACAGAGACACGGUGGGCAGCCUGACUUAUUCUAUAAGUGGCGGAAACGAGAAAGGGUACUUCAAGGCGGACAAAAGGACGGUUAGCGGCAUUAGCCGCGUUUUUCUUGUUUUGAAAACUACAAAUGUUAAGAUUGUAAGGGACGUCAACGCACCUGAAAUAACCUUAACCGUUCGUGCAUUCGAUGGUAAACGAUUUGGAACUACUAAAGUGACCAUAAAUGUCCUCGAUGUUAACAACAACAAUCCGGUAUUCGACACGGAUAGCUACUCGGCCACUAUCAACGAGGAUACCCCUCUCAUGACAUCUGUAUUGCGAGUUCGCGCUACCGACAAGGAUGUUGGUACCAACGGAGGUAUUUAUUACUACAUCAGCGGAGGUUCGCCAUGGUUCUCUGUCGAUGCUAUCACAGGAGUUAUGAAAGUGGUGGGUCAGCUACCCAAUCAAGCAGUUGUCAACAUGGAGGUUAUUGCUCGAGACCGAGGUAGGGAUAGGACAAGAACCGACAAUGUAAAUGUGAAGGUAAACAUAAAUCUUAUUGCUGACUACCCCCCAGCUGACACAGCCAACCCAGGUGCAAAUACGGCUCCAGUGUUUCCAGAAGGAAGUUACUCAGCAAAUGUGCGUGAGGAUUUCCCAGUUGGUGCUGCCGUUCUUGUCAUCCACGCAGUGGACCGUGAUCCUCCAGGCAGAAAUUCACGCAUACGGUACCGCUUAAGUGGAGAUAAUGCUUUCCAAAUCAAUCAAAACAAUGGUGUGGUUUCUUUGAGGAACAAUUUAGAUUUUUCAUCUAAAAGUAGUUAUGACCUUAAUGUUAUUGCUGAUGACGAAGCUCAAAGCCCCCUGAGUGCAACAGCUUCUUUGAAAAUUACUGUACAGCAAGUGGACAAAAAUCGCUUUGCACCAGAGUUUCAGGCUCCAAAUAAAUAUCAGCGUGAAGCUUCAGUUCAAGAGAACAAGGCAAUCAAUACAAAAGUUGGUAGUUCUAUCAUUGCAUCUGAUUCUGAUGGUAAUCAAAGGCCCGAAGGUCAGGUUGUAUACUCUAUUGCAUCUGGAUCUGGCCUACCAUAUUUUAAAAUUGAUGAGAACACUGGUGAUUUACGCUCUGUUGCUGUCCUUGACAGAGAAAAGCAAUCUCAGUAUAACCUGUUGAUAGAGGCUCGUGAUAAAUCCCUUUAUCCACUAAAAUCUAACUUAUACAUGGUUAUUACAGUCAAUGGAGUGGAAGACAAUAAUCCUGACUUCUCUCAGCCUGUUUACUAUGCUAAGGUACCAGGAAAUGCCCCUUCAGGCACCUUUGUGACAGCCAUCCAUGCCAUUGACCUAGAUGGAGAUCCAGUAACAUACUCAAUUGAAAAUGCUGGAACUGUAUUUGCUAUCCAAACAAAUUCUGGGGUGAUCUCCACAAAAAGACCUCUAGAUCCUGCCAAUGAGGAGAGGAAAUUUGUGCUUUCUGUCCGGGCCUCAGCUGCAAAUAAGGAUUCUCGUGCCCAAGUGAUUGUUGAUGUUGUUAGUAAAGCAGACUCACCUCCAACCUUUGUUAAUCUUCCAUACAAGGCUACUGUGCCAGAAAAUCUCGGACAGAUUGAUAGCCUGUUGUGUUUAGCUGCCAAGGAUAGUCAAGAGAAACCUGUGAGGUACUCUCUUGUGAGUGAUACUGGUGGAAAGUUUUCAGUGGAGCAAGAUUCUGGUAAGAAUAACAAUAAAAAUGAUAAGGAAAUGCUAUUAAUUUUCAGUCAACUUUCUCUUAAUGACUUUCCCAUAGGUAGCCACUUUGUGAGUAACUGUUUUGUUUCUCGGUCUCUUCUUGGUGACUAGGACCACCAUAAGGCCAGAAAUUUUACAAACUCUUUUGCUUAAUAUUUCCAAAAAACAUACUACACUUAAGAUUAAAGGAAAUCACUAUGUUACUCAGAUUUUACAAACAUCUGGUUUAAAGGGGAAAAAAUAGAUGAAAAGAGUACCAAUACAUCUGUGUUGUGACAAUGCAAUUAGAAGUUUGUUAGGUAACCUUACUUGACAUGCUGUAACAAGGAACAAAGUUAGAACAGCAAAAGGGGUAUUACACAAUAACCAAGAGUGAGUUAGCAAAUGGUAUACAGUCAUAUAUUGCUUAGGAAAGAAGAUGUUUUUUAACUUUGUCCAUUUGCUUCAAUUAAGCGAUAAGACAAGAAACAGAAAUAACUAGUGGAUUCAUUCAGUGUUCGACUUUUUCUAUUCACUUUUCUCUUAAAUCACAAUCUCUCUUAAUCCUUUAACUCCUAUAACUGCAUGACUUAAACUCCUAUUGAUGCAGAUUGCAGAUUAUAAUCCUGGAAACUUGGGCUAAUCCUUGACAAAGUGCAAACCAUUUUUCCUGUAGUUUCAAGUUAUUACUACUGGUAUACCCAAAGUUAUCCUUUUUCAUGUUGUCUAAAAUGAUUGUUUAGUGUUCUUUCCUUUAAGAGGUUCUCAUUUAGGCAAAAUUAGUUACAAAUACCCAUUUUUACUUGUUUUAUUGCAAGUUAACAAAUAUCAAAAAGCAGUCAACAGUUUGGUUGAUAAAUUUCAUGUGACCUUUCAUGUUUUGUUUUGUUUUGUUUUUUUCAGGUCGCCUUUCUGCUACUGGCUCUUUUGAUUAUGAGGUCUUUACAGGAGGAGUGUAUCAAGUACAAGCUUCAAGUGGACCACAACAGAUUGCUACAGAAAGAGUUACCAUUACAGUCACAGAUACAAAGGACCCACCCAAGUUUAGCAAGAGUAGCUACAAAUUCUUUAUAGAUGAAGACACCAAAGCUGGCACUACGAUUACGGUAACAAAUCAAGAUGGUUCAUCUGGUGGAUUAGUAAUUGAAGAUGCAGAUACACAAAUAACAAAUUUUAGGUGUACAAUUGAGAACAUACAGUCCCUAGAUAUAGAAAAUCACUUCAAGAUAAAAUUAGUGACUAGCAACAACAACAAAAAUGGUGAAUGCAAACUAACAACUCAGUCACCAUUUGAUCACUUUGACACUCCCAAAUUUACAUUUGAGGUGCGAGCUACUGAUAAAAAUUAUCUCAACAUGUAUGCCUCAGCACAAGUUGAAGUUGAGAUAAGGGACAAGAAUAACAAUUUCCCAGAGUUUUCACAACAAAAUUACUUGGCUUCUGUGGACAAAAAUUUUCCUGUGAGGAAUUCAAUCCUGAAAGUCACGGCAACAGAUAGAGAUUCUGGCUCAUUUGGAGAAAUCACAUAUGAGUUAACUCAAGAUACUCAGGAUAGAAACAGGUAGAGAAAAAUUGCCUUCAAUUAUUUUUGAACUCAGUUCAUUGUUAUAGUAUUUUGGGGUUAACCACUUCCCUUUAGAAUGAGUUUCCCUGCAUCAGCACAAUAUAAAGCAAAAUAUUAAUUAGAACCUCUCUCAGAUCAGCACUACAUCUAAGAAUGAGGCCAUUUUUCAUGGAAAUGAGUAGGGGCAACAUUUGUCGUAAAGUUUUCCAGUUUAAAUGCCCCUAGUUUUCUUCCAUUGUAUCAAGAUCAUGAAGGUGGAAAGCCUAGAUGUUUUGAAAACACAAUUCAGGCUAGCCCAUUUUUUUGGCCAAAAUGAGAGAAUCAAUAAUACACAUUUCUGUAUUUCUGUUGAAAUUUCUGUGUUCUGUACUUUUCAAGAGAUAUGCAAAUUUUUAAUGAAGCACUUUCAUUGAAUAAAGAUUGUAACAAUGACAAAAAUUGAAAAAUGCUGCAAAGUUUAAGAGAGUAGAUACAUUUAAAAAUUCAAUUUUUUUUUAUUUACUGGUGUGAGUAUUCUUAUUUGUUUUGCAGAUUCAGUUUAGAUUCUAACACUGGUGUGUUGUCCAGUGCAAGUUCAUUGGCAGUGAAGACAUACAAUCUGAAAGUUCGGGCAUCUGAUAGGGGUAGGUGAAGGAAUUCAGGAAAUUGAGCUGUUCCUUUGACAUACAGCAAGGUGUUGCAUUCUUGGUACUAAGAAAAAUAGCCAUGACCCUAUUUCUCAUAAUCAUUAACAUGUAUCUGAUCAAGUGUCAGGUGCAAAUUUUGGUGGAAAGAUUUACAUAUAAAAAAUUUCUUGCUCUUUCCCUCUAUCUUGCAGUAGAUAGCUAUGACUAAAUUUCAAUUAUAGGACAGGCUAAUCUUUUAUAUUGUGUAACAGCUAUUAACAGGAUAUUGUGUCAGACAAUGCAAAGAUGAUCAGUAGUUGAACAAGGCAAUUUAAAAUUGUCUCUUUGAUAUUUUGCAUAAGUACCCAUCUAAAGAUACUCUCUUCAAUUGCUAUUUCUUACCAGUUGGAUAUGAUCUGGAACAAAAAUUAGGCUGAUGCUAUGUUUUCCUUUUUUUUUUUUAUUUUUUUCAGCUCAAUCUGGUAAUGUUAAAAGGAAGGAAGUUACAGUAGCUGUUCAUGUCUAUGCUCCUGGAACAGCAUUUGUCCAGUUUGAUCCAACAAGUUACUCUAAAGAUAUUGCAGAAAAUGCAGCAAAAGAAACUCUUGUAUUCACAGUAACAGCCAAGGGACCAAGUCCUAUUAAAUAUUCUAUUGUUGGUGGCAAUGUAAACAAUGCCUUUAAAAUUGCGCAGAAUGGACAAGUCCGAGUGGCAAAUUCUCUUGAUCGUGAGACACAGGCAACAUAUAAACUGGUGAUUCGUGCUGUUGUAGGUAGCACUACAUUGGGUUCAGAGGUGACCACUACCAUCAAUGUGCUAGAUGUGAAUGAUGUUGCACCAAAAAUAACAUUCAUGGAUGCUGAACCUAAAGAUGUAGCAAUUGAAGACUUCUCACCCAAAGGAAGCUUUGUGAUAAAGGUAAGUUAUUAUCCACUAGCAAUAGCAAGGAUUUUAAAAAUGUUAAGGGCAAAGUAAAAAUUGUCUCAGGCUUUCUCCAGGUUAAAUUUUUUUUUUUUUUUAGAUUGUAGCAGCCAGCACUUUUCUGUCUUCAACACAUGUAGUGGUUGUAUAGCAUUUAUUUAGAACUCAAGAUAAUUUUUAAUUGUAAAUCGUUUAAGAAUGUUUUUAGUGAGUGGAAAACACAGGGUUUGACAGGAGCUUUUCCAGUCUGUUUUGGAUUUGUUGCUUUCUUUAUCUGCCCAAAGUGAUCAAAAUGGAACUUCUUCCUACAAUACUCUAUCUAUACAUAAUCCAGUAAACAGGUAAUGAGAAUACUCAAACUUAUCAGGCAGAAGUUGUUAUUUUGGUCUAACACCAAAUUCUUGUACCUAAUUUACAAGGAAAUGCUUUGCAGUACCAAUCAGAUAUUGGAAGUUAAAUGCUUGAGAUAACAAAAGUAAUUGUACAAACAAUUAACUAGUAACACAAAAAGAUUUGACUGAUGCAUCCAUGAGAAUCAUAAAUGGUGCAAGUUAUGGAAGUUGGAUUAUUGUAAGAUUGGCAGAAAAUGAUCAUGUGUUGAUUCCUCGUGCCAGCCAGGGUUGAAUAACAUGUUGUGAGAGUUAGCAAGGAUUGGAGUUCCUGAGGAUAGAGUUGUAGUAGAUGUACAGUGCAUGGAAAAUUGAGUUGAAAUCAAUUUUUGGUUGAGUUAGUUUUCAGUUCAGUUGUCAGGAGUCAACUGAAACUGUAUUAAAAAAAAGGCUUUUAGUCCUGGAAAGUGGUGGUGCAUUGUUUUUGUUCUCUGGCACUGUGGUCUGUGCAUGUAUGUUCAUACGAUGAAUAGAAAGGAAUCAAUUCCAUCCUUUUGAUUUGUGAAGUGUAUAUUUUUAAAUAUAAUUUGUGACCAGAGGCCAUGAACAGUCAUGUUACAUUCCUUACAUAAUUUACUAGCUUCUUUUAAAUCCACCAGAUAUGUUGUAGCUUCAUUUUUAGUGGGAAAAAUUAAUGCUGUUGAUCAAAGUAGGCAAGGACUGGAUCAUGGGAAAAGGGGGAGGAGCUCAGUGGAGUGGAUAUCGUUGAGUUUUUGACAGCUUGUUUCUCUAAUUGUGAAUGUACUGUGUAUAUUUAGGCUUUCUAGUCAGUUUCUAUUCAGAAAACAAGUUCGUGGUUGUUCUAGAAAUAUAUAUAUUUUGUUAACUAUAUUGCUAUUAUUUCAAAGAGGUUCUAAAAACUUCACCAUAUUUCAAUAUUGUUUUAGGUAACUGCCAUUGAUCGUGAUGCAGGUGCCAAUGGACAGGUCAAAUAUAGUAUCACCACAUCAAACACUCCAUUUCAGAUAGAUCAGAAUACAGGUGUCAUUACAGCCUCACGGGAAAUAAGGUAAUGCUAUGAAUCUUUGGACCAUACGUUCAUGACCUCAAUUGUGUUUAUGCUGCUGACCCAGCUUAGAUAGUGACGAUGCUAGGGUAAUGGACUUGUUGGAGUUCCAACAUAUAUGUUAGUUUUAUGUAGUCCUCGGCUACAACACAGAAACCUUGUUAUAUCAAUGAUUUAGGUAUUCUUCAUUUUCCCUCUUCUUACAUGAUUGUUCAUCAAAGUAUUGCGGGUGUUUCAUUCUGUUUCAAUUAGGCGAUCUGAACAGCUGGCGUGGACUAUUGCUGUUCAAGCUAGUGACAGCAAAGGCAAACAAAGUCUUGCUUACCGCCUCCGGGUCACCGUAACAGAAGGAUUACAAGCACCACAACUGUCUCCAACUUUUUCAGUUUCCUUGGAUGAAAACAAACCUGUUGGUUUUUCAGUAAAAGAUAUUUCACCAACAACACCGAAUAAUAACUACAAGUACAGAAUCCUAGGUGGAAAUACCGACGAAGCAUUCUGUAUUAAUCACGAUGGUGUUAUAAGCGUGGCCAGACCCUUGGACAGGGAGAAAAUUUCCUCGUAUUCAUUAAAAGUGUCCGUUUCUGUGGGAAAUAAGGUCAGCAACACGACUGUUGAUGUGAGGGUUAGAGACAAAAAUGAUGAUGCUCCUCGGUUUACUAAAACCGUCUACUCUUUCGAAGUUAGCGAAGACAAAGGUAAGUAAAUUAAUAAAUGGGGUAGGUUUCUAGUGGUGCUGGGUCGGUGGGCGGUACUAUAAUAUAUAAUUUUAAUUUAUCCACUUUGUUGAUAAUGGAAAUUGGUCACCAUAGAGAGUUUUUAAAAUUGAUGUUUUGAGCGUUUAACCCUUCGUCAGAGCGCUAGUAACAACAAAGAGGAUCAGCGUUCUCUAGUAGUCAGCGGUUUUUUUGCAUGUGUCGCAAUUCGAUAUGCUCUUCGUUCGAGGCGUUCUUGCGUGUGCUUUGAGCGUGAACUUGCAGCGUUGUGAGGAGUGCCAGCUCAUCGUCCAGGCAGUUUUCCCCACCCCUUCCCUCCCUCUUUCCACCGUUUAUUCAGUGACAGGUGCCUGUUUCCCUUUCCUGUGUGGGGGUUCAUUGGUGGGUUGCCAUGAUUUGCCAGCCAUGGGAGAAGUCUCCAUCUAGGAGCUGGCUGCCAAUAGUGGAAGCUCGUGGAUGUUUCAGGCAACCAACCUCCUCUUAGCAAUGCAGUUGUUAAUUAGUUAUUUUGGUAGCAAUCAGCUAGCUUUCCUUAUUCAUACAAGAUUUGUUCAUUGUACCAUAGAGAGCAGAGGAUUUGAAUUUUACCGAAUUUCCAUAACCUUAAAAGUUGCAGUGUGACUGGCUCUUGUAGUUAUAAAGUUGUUUUCGUAAUUGUAAGACUUCUUUUCACUGGAAAUACAAUCAAAUCUUACUCCUCUACUCCCUGUGAUUAAACGGUUCUGAAUGGUACAUACAGCUUCUAUCUGUCAGGCGGUACGAAUAGCUUCGUCAGUCUUUGGUAGUGCAGGAUGCACUAUAGGGACAGGUCGUGUAUGAUGUAAAGUUGCCUAUCAUCCACGACCUUUUCAUUCGAGAAUGUUUGUAGUAUUGUGGAAAGUAACCACAAUUUCAAUGGAGGGGGAAGGAGAACUCUGGUAUACAAUGAACAUUUCAAGUGAUAGAGCUUAUCUUCGCAUUAGGCCUUUCUGAAGCUCUCUCCUCUUAAUUUCGCAAAUGAAAAUCGCUCCAUGGUAUGUGAACUGUGUUGCUUCACAUGCAUUGCAUUGCUGAUUUGGGUGGUGGGCCUUGAAUUUCAUGCUGCAUUUUGAUUUUUUCCCUUUCUGUCAAAGGUUUUGCUCAAGAAGUAGGCAAAGUGUCAGCCGAAGAUAAAGAUACUGGAGAUAAUGGAGAAGUCGAAUAUCGGUUGUUAUACGCUGUGAAUGUAAACUCGAAGUUUAACGUUGACUUGAAGACUGGCUCCAUUAGUACUAUCCCUGCCCCGGCUGGCACCCUUCCCUCUGAUAGGCCACUUGACUUUGAACAGAUCAACCAGCACGUUUUAUACAUCCGUGCAGCGGAUAAAGGAUUUCCUUCUCUUUCCAGUAAGUCGCACGCUUUUGCAUAUAAUGCCAUAGUCAGUAGAGCUGAAUUAAAUUUUUGUCUACCCUAGUGAUGAUUUAAGCAGAUAGUAGUGAUAAGUUUCGAACUCUAAGACACAAUAAUGUAAAGGUUUGUGAGUGUGUUAGUUUGUUUUUAGUUUAACCAGAUGUCGAAAACGAUUCAGGGAGAUAAUACUUAACUAUCAUAGCUGAAUAAAUGAAUACAUAUUGAAUAAACAGAUGAAUCAGUAAGUGAAAAAAGACGCAUUAGAAUAUGCUUUGUAGGGAAAUACUAGUAGACACAAGCAUCCAUGAGCCAAAAGUCACGGAAGAUUUUUUAUACAUCAUUCUUCUUGAGGGUAAAUACCAGAAAAAUUACCUAAUUUACCCUUCAGCUGUCAACUCUCCUUUCUGCCUGCCGUACAAAUUUUAUGAUGAUAGUUCGGAGAAUUCGUUAUUGCUCGUUUAACAAUUCCCUAAUUGAUAUUUAUCUUUAUUCUCAUCACUUGUCUGCUUGAUAUUGUAUCGAUAUUGUAAGGAGAAAUUCCCUACUGAUGUCUCAUGGGAAGUAAAGGAUUAAAUUGUAGCGUUGUAGAGCUUGCUAUUGAUAUGACUAUGCUGAUACAAAAUUAUCGUUCAUAAUUACUUAUGAAAUUCCGAGGGUGCAACUCAGUAGAUUCAAAAUAAAAUAUCCAGGAAAGUUACAGGAAUGGACCACUGAAUUCUGAAAAACUGCUCUUGAAAUCGAAAUCUGGAAGCAACAGUUUAUUUACGCUAAUCACGUGCUUACCAGCGUGCUUGUGGGCUCCAUACCAUGCCCGUUUCAGUGCACGAUCACAGCUCGGACGCUUCUUGCAAAAUGUGAUGACUGAUUCUUCAGUUUCCAGCUUUAGGAAAAAGAAGUGUCGUAUCGCUGGCAUGUUCAUCAUAAACCCGAGAAUGAAGUACGUUUUACUAGAGGUGUUGUGCGAAGAGGAAGUGGCUCCAUUUUUUUUGAGACAAACCAUUUCCUUUAGUUCGAACGAAUCGAGUAGUAAGCAUGAAAACAUAGCGUUGAAAAUUACGAUGACCAAACAAUUUGCGUCAUGUGCUUUUUUUUUUUUCUUUCAAAGCCAUCGCCAAGGUGAUAAUCAACGUCAAAGAUGUGAACGAUCAGACCCCUAAGUUUUCAGCGGACUCCUACGUCUCCAAAGUAGCCCUCGAUGCCAAAGUGGACUCUCAAGUCUUAUUGGUUGUAGCCACGGAUUUGGAUAGUGGUGACAAUGGUAAAGUGGUUUACAACAUUACAGGUGGUAAUGCGGAGGGGGCCUUCAAAAUUGAUCCUGAUACUGGUGUCAUUAAGGUGAAAAGGUCUCUGACAACAGUCUCGGCUUCUACUUUUACACUUGAUGUUGAAGCCAAAGACAAAGGAAAUCCGCCGAGAAGUACACUCGCUAAAGUGGAUCUGAAUGUCUUUUUACCUGAUGGACCGCCCAAGUUUGUCGUUAAACCAGUCGUUCAAGAAGUCAAAGAAGGCAUUAAAGCGAACAACAGAGUCAUGGUCGUGAAAGCGGCCACCUCUGAGGCUCUCACCUAUGAAAUAGUAUCUGGUAACGAAGAUGGCUUGUUUCGGAUUAACCCUUCCACAGGCGAAAUUAUGGUAACAAGGGAGCUGGACUACGAGGAAGCUCAAGAACGUAGGCUUUUUGUGCGAGUGAUGGACACUAGAGACCGCAGUGAUCAAGUGACUGUGAUCCUUCAAAUCAAGAAUAUUAACGAUAACGCGCCCACGUUCCCUGGGGAGGUCGAUGGUUUUGUGGAAAGAAAAGUAGAAGACGACUUCCAGAUAGGCGACUCUGUCGCCCGUCUGUCAGCCUUUGACGGUGAUGUAGGGGACAAAAUCACCUAUACGUUAUCUGAGAAUGCACGGGCAUCCUUUUCUAUAAAUAAAGAAGGUUUCUUGAUAGCCAAGAAACCUCGCAAGGAUUUCUCAUCUCCUGUAACUUUCAAGUUGACCGCCAAAGACAACGGUUCUCCCCCACGCGAGAGCAAGGUUGAUGUGCAGCUUGUGCUGGUUAACUACAGACCGGAGCAGCAGCAUCCAGUUAGGGUGUAUGUAAGAGAAGACAAAGAGGUCGGUAGUGUGGUCGCUAUAGUUCCAAGAUACUUUCCUGGUGGCACGCUAUCAAUUAUCUAUCCGCGGAAAGCCAACUUCACUGUGGAUAAUUCUGGCCGAGUUCGCAUGACGACACCAUUUGAUUUUGAAGCGAGGCAAUUUUUUACUUUAACUGUCCGAGAACAAGAGCCUGCCCCGCUCAGUCGUACAAACGAUGUAGAUGUAGAAAUCAAUGUGAUAGACAUCAACGACAAUAAACCUGUGAUGAAAAUGGUUGAGUACUUUGGCCGUGUUAACACUAAUUCGCGGCCAGGAACGAGCGCGUAUCAGCUUAAGGCCGAGGAUAAGGACGGUGGUUCGAGUGGGAGGAUUGGCUACCAGAUGGUAUCUAGAGGAAUACCUUUCGCCAUCAAUCCUAUAACUGAAGUUGUGGAGACGGGCGGUAUUCUGGAAGACAGGGGAGGGUACAAUGUCACUUUGUUUGGCUUUGAUUUUGGCAUUCCGCGUCAGUUUGGCGAUUCGGUGUACCUUGAUAUCAAGACUGUCAAUUUCAAACCACAAUUUUCUGAAAGUUCAUACAAGUUCGAAGUGUUUGAGAAUGAUCUUCCCGGUAAGGUGAUUGGUGUUGUCAAUGCGACCAGUGCUUCUGGAGCAAGACUGGGUUUCUCAAUAAAGCAAGGUGACACGGAAAACAAGUUUUCCAUUGAAUCUACUGGUGAACUUAUAGUGAACUCGAGGUUAGAUCGAGAAAAGACAAGCAUGUACAACCUGAAAGUUGCAGCAACAGAGCAGAUUCCUCGUGGGUACUCAAAUGAUGUAGAUGUUCACAUCUCGGUGAAGAACGCUAAUGAGUACUAUCCUUACUUCCCUCAGAAGGUGUAUGAAAAAUCCAUCAGUGAAGAUGUCGGAUCAGGCGCAUCGGUGCUUGGUAUCACUGCAUACGACUGUGAUUGCACAGGUUGUAAAUGCGAAAACGCCGAGCUGAAAUACUCAUUGGAAGGUACCAGUGUUUUUAAAAUUGAUGAAGUCACUGGCUUGAUAAGCGUUGGUGAUACGCCGCUUGACUAUGAAACUCAAAGGAUACACUUAUUUAAAGUUGUCGUGGAGGAUUUUGGCGAAAAGAAGUUCUCUUCUAGGUCGUUUGUCAGGGUAACCGUACAAAAUCAGAAUGACGAAGAACCGAAAUUCCAGAAAGGAGAAUACAGCAUUGAUAUUGCAGAAGAUGCAACGACUAAGAAAGCUCUAGCAGCCAUCCUUGCCAGAGAUGCUGAUGGCGACUCUUCAGUGUACACGAUAACCAGCGGCGAUGGCGGCGGCAUCUUCGACAUUAAUCGAGACACUGGUGUGCUGUCACUUAAACAGAGUGUUCAAGGAAAGCAAACCCAGUACUCUCUCACAGUGCGGGCAACAGACACAGGUAGAAAUCCGAAAUUCGAUGAAGUGCGUGUUGUGGUCAACAUCGAAGACAUCAAUGACAACCGACCAGUCUUCACUGUUUGCCCGGAUGAAGUGACCGUCGAGGAGAACAAACCGAGAGGUGAGAGGGUAACUCAAGUCACUGCUGUAGACAAAGACAGAGGACGGAACGGGGAAGUGGAGUACAAGCUUGUUACAGGUGGUGAAAGGCUAUUCGAAAUAAAUAAUUCCACUGGUCUGAUUACGACAAUAACCAGCUUGGACCGGGAGAGUGAAGAUCGUCACACGUUAAUAGUACAAGCCGAAGAUGGAGGACAUGGAAGAAAUGAAGCAGAGAGGCUUCUCUCCUAUUGUAUCAUAGAAGUCAAAGUAGCCGACGUUAACGAUAAUUAUCCCGUGUUCUUCACAAGGCAAUAUUAUGGCAGUGUGUUUCAAGGAGCCCCAAUAUCUACGACCGUCUUGACUGUGAGCGCUACGGACGAUGAUGUAGGAAGCAACCAGGAAGUGGUGUACUCCUUGGUUGGCUCCAGUGACAAGUUUAAAGUCGAUGGAGCUACUGGUAACAUCAUAACAAUCGCGGACUUAGCCAAUUUCCAACAAACCGUACAACUGAAAAUCCGGGCAUCGAAUCAGGCUACCCCAACCGCUACGAAAACAAGCUCAUCGGAGACUACAGUUGAGAUUAAUGUUGUAAACAAGCAACCACCUAAGUUUGAACCAAGUAGUGUUUAUACUUCCGAUAUUCAAGAAGAUGUGAAAAUAGGAAGUGCUGUGGAGACGGUGAAAGCGGUAAGCCAGGUCGACCCCACGAAUGUGAUUUCGUAUAGUUUGGUGAAGUCAUACUUCAGAGCUGAGCAGAAUUUCAAGGUUGACCCAGGAACAGGAGUGAUUUCAACUGCAAGUACGCUUAACUUUGAGCAGCAGAGUAACUACAAGCUUCAGAUUCGCGCUCGAGAGAAUAAGAAUAAUCUGUAUGCUACUUGCUCUGUCAUAGUACGACUUAUAGAUGUAAACGACGACACACCGACAUUUAAACUUGAAGAGUACUCCGCCAGAGUUCCCGAGGAAACAGCUGGAGGCUUCAAUGCGAUCACGGUCAAAGCAGAUGACAGGGACACCGGCCUGUCUGGUCAAGUCUUUUAUUCCCUUAAGACGUCUCAGAAAUUCAGGAUAAUUCAAAGCAAUGGCACCAUCUUCAGCCAAGCGAAAUUUGACAGGGAGGCGCAAGGGACUCACACUGUGUUCGCGACCGCCACAGAUAAAGGCACGCCACCUCUCGAGGCCAGUGUUGCUGUUUCCAUUGCAAUUGUGGAUCAGAAUGACGAGCCCCCCGUCUUUAAACAAAGGUCAUAUGAGGCUACUGUUCAAGAAGAUGCUCCCAUAGGUACCUCUAUCCGUGACCUAUCGGCAACGGACGCUGAUAUUGGAGACAAUGCAAAGUUGGAGUACUUUAUAUCCGGCGGAGCACAGUCCCAGCUUUUCAGAAUGGAGACGGUUUACAGUCCCCAAAACGAAGGUAUUCUCUAUCUUGACGGCAAGCUGGACUUCGAAAGCGUAGAAACCUAUACCAUUAAAGUAACGGCUACAGAUAGAAAAAACAGCGACACUGUGGACGUUGUCAUCAAGGUAAGCAAAUCAUAAAUUUGGGCUUACUGUACUGACGAAAUAGGUUUAAGGGUGUUAGAUUAACCCUCUUACUUCGAAGAUUGAAUAGCAUCUAAUUUAUUUUUGCAUAUCACCCUUGGGUCAUACAUUAAGGUCGUGAGAAUAAAGGAAAUCACAGUACAUAGAAGCUCUUUAUUAUUUAACCAAUUCUCCGUGUCAGCACCCAAGGAAAUGUUUGGAGAACAGUAUGGAGAAUAUUCUUGCUGAUGUUAGGGUGUAAAGGGUUAGGUAAUAACCGCAACACGUGAUGGCAUAGAGUUUUGGAAGGGUUGUUCCCGAGCUGUUUGCAACCAAAGCUCAUGAUGUCCCUUGACCUUUGCAUGUUAUGGGCGUAGCAAGCCUAUAGGUUCUCUAUUUUCUCGCCAGUCACGUUUCGAUGCUGAAGAGUAUUUCUCAUAUUUAAUGAAAUGCAGCAGGAUUUUUAUUGAACUUUUGCGUUAAAGGACUCUUAUCACGUUUACAUAGAUACAUAGCCGGUUAAGGUGCUCCACAUUAUCCGAAGCUGAUGGGUUAGUUAAGUUAUCAACGCUUGGAUUCUUAACGGAUGUGGUUAUCUUUGUUUUGGCAGGUUAUUGACACAAACGACAACGUCCCAGAGUUUACUACGCUGAUCUAUGAAGCAACGAUCAAAGAGGAAAUUAAGGCUGGUGAAAAGGUGGUACAGGUUUCUGCAACGGACUUGGACAGUCCCAAAAUUCAGGAUCCAUUGGCUUACUCGAUUGACAAGACAGGACAGAGGUAUUUCUCAAUCAACUCUGAAACUGGCCAGAUUACCACCGCCAAUGAGAAGCUUGAUCGCGAAAAAGACCCAAUUGUUAGCUUUUACGUCUUCGCUUAUGAUGGGAAACAUAGAGGAGAGGCCCUGGUACGAGUCAACCUAACUGACAUCAAUGACAAUGCCCCGUACUUUCCAAACCCUCCUUAUGUCGGCUAUGUGGAAGAAAAUAAAAAUCCAGGUACCAGUGUGAUGGUUCUUCAAGCAGUUGAUUUAGACACUGGUGUAAACGCAGCAAUACAUUAUGAACUAGAGGACGAUGCUGGGGGCAAGUUUAAGAUUGAUAAAGACACCGGGCUUGUCACCACCCUUGAAACUCUGGAAAGGGAAGGCCCCGAAAACGAAUUUACUAUACGAGUGAAAGCUACGAACAGGCAGGCCGGUGGUAACCCACCUUUGUCUGGUACUGUUACUGCUACAAUCAAAGUUUCUGAUGGAAAUGAUAAGAGUCCAGAGUUUAAUCCCUUAAUUUACAAAGCAAAUGUUCCAGAAGAUGCCUUGCCCGGGUAUUUUGUUACCAAGGUGGUUGCUACCGAUAAAGACGUUGGUCCCAACGCUGAAUUAGAGUAUACAAUUAAAGCAGGCAAUGACCCUUACGAGUUUUACAUCGACCCAAGGAAUGGUCGCAUCCUCGUGUCUGGGCUUCUCGACUUCGACAAGGGGAAGAAAGCCUACAACCUGACAGUUACAGUUAGUGACCGCGGAAAUCCACCCAGGAGUGCCCCUAAACCAGCGUUGGUUUACAUUAACGUGAUCGAUGCCAAUGACAAUCCUCCAAUAUUUGUGCCUGCUGAGUACGACAAGAAAGUAUCGGAGAGUGUAAAACCGGGUGACACUGUUUUACUGGUGACAGCGGUUGACAAAGAUACCGGCACCAACGCGCAGUUCCAGUUCUCUAUCACAGACGGUGAUGACGCGAAUAUGUUUGCUAUCAGGUCCAACGCUAAAAAUAGUAGUAUUGGAGAAAUUUACACGCUACUGCAGUUAGAUCGAGAAACUGUUCCUCGGUACAAUUUGACCGUGACAGCUACUGACUCUGGAGGGUUGGAGGGUAUCGCAGUGGUGCAUCUUAUUGUAACCGAUUUUAAUGACAACGGCCCUUGGUUCAAGCCCCGAUACUAUGAGGGUACUGUCCAGGCGGGCAUAAAUCCCAGCCAAGGACAACCUGUCUUGACUCUUGAGGCAUACGAUCCCGAUGAAGCGAGUAACGGUCCUCCGUUUACAUUCUCCCUUGUGGAUUCGAACCUCAACAGUCGUUUCAAACUAACAAGAGCCACAGAUAAGACGGCCGAUAUGGCUGCUUUCGGAGAAUUCAACAGGGAAGUAAAGCAGCUGUGGAAAGUUGAAGUGAAGGUAGUUGACAGUGGAGUUCCAAGGAAGGAGAACAAAACUUUUGCGUACAUUGAAGUUGAAGAUGAAGAUAAUAAAAACGAACCGUUCGACGGAAAGCUGACCAUCAUUGUGAACGCGUACAACGGCAGGUUUGCCGGUGGAAUUAUUGGUAAGGCUUAUUACAAAGACAACGAUUACAAGGGCGACCAGAAUAAGUACAGCAUGGACAACCAGAACUUCUUCACCCUCAACUCAGCAACUGGUGAUAUCACAGCCAAGGCUAAUAUACCAAUGGGUACGUAUACAUUCAGUGUCGAAGUCGAAGAACAAAAGCAACGACCUGGUAAUUUCCCGAAGACUGUAACCUCUGGGGUAACAGUCAUAGUACAAAGUGUAACAAGUGCAGCGAUCCAACAAAGCGUGGCCAUACAGAUAUUAAAGAUAAGGAAAACGUCACUUUUUGUGGGUGACUACUACUCCGAAGUUCGAUCGGCGCUGGCGGAAAUUCUGGCUGGUGGCGAAACAGACCAAAUUUUAAUCUUCAGUAUCCAGAAGGCUCCUGUCAAUCGUGUUCCUCUCUCGGAUCUGUUUGGAGUGGAGAUUUACCUUGCUGUGAAGUCGUCUGGUAGUGGGUUUUUGGAUCGCCUGGAUGUUGUAAGGCGGCUGAUACAAGGGAAAGAGAGACUUGAGAAGCUAGGUGAGUUGAAUUCAGUAAGAAUAGGCCAAGAAUUCGCGUCUUCUGACUGACAAGAGUCUCAACCCCUUUAACAUAUCCAUUAAAGACAAGCGAGAUUUGUAAAGAGACGAACCUUAAGGAGAGUGUUAUGUGUUCAUUUGAGGCCAUAGAUACCCUUCGCUUGUUGUGAAAGUGUAAAUUUGCUGUUGUAUUCGUUUGCCUUGCUGAACACUUGUGAAACGCACGCCUAUAAACCCCGUAUUAGUGUGUCUUUAUUCCUUAUUUCAUAUCUUUUUUCCGAUGUACAGGACUAGAGAUCGGAAGCAUUGGUAUCGAUGCAUGUGCAUACGAACAGCAAAGAGUUGGGACAUGUAGUAACGUUGUUAAAGCGUCUUCAGCUUUCACCGUAGUGAGCGGUGAUUACGGUAAAAUUCCUGCUCCUGCGAGCUCUUUGACAGUGGUGGCUAUGAACGUCAAUCUUCAAGCAGAGUACACAUCUAUCAUCUUACCGGAUAUCAACUGCACUACGGGCACGCCCUGCCUUCACGGAGGAACAUGUCAUAAUGCCGUUCCCAAGGGAAUUAUCUGUGAGUGUAGUCGAGAAUAUCGAGGGCCGGAAUGUCAGAGCACCACCAGGACAUUUAAAGGCAAUUCGUAUCUCUGGCUGGAGAAGCUGGCCGCUUAUGAACGCAGCAUUGUCUCGCUACAGUUCAUGACCGAAACGGCAAAUGGGCUGCUUCUCUACCAAGGCCCUGUUUUUAAAGGUAACUUGUGCAAGUUUGUUCUCGGAAUUCCUAUUUAAAAAUGGCAACGAAUUUCUAGAUCGUAGCGGCUUCGAGUUUUUUUAGUAAAUGAGACCAUUUGGCAUUUGGAUGGGGUUUGGUGUGAUGUCAUUGUCAAUCAUACCAAAUAGUAAAUGAAGUAAUCGCAUUUGGCUGUAUUUAAUACUUAUGAUAUAACAGGUGGAUAUUAUGCUCGCUUGAGCCUGUAACAUUUUCUUAAGUGACAGUAGUAGUACGACCGAUUUUCGUUUUGUUUUUAUCACUCAGAUUCCAACAAUGGUUUACCAGACGUGAUGGCCGUGAUGAUGGUUGAAGGAUACAUAAAGCUUGUGCUCACUCUUGGCCCUCAUCCGAACGCUCCGUUAGAGCUGUACAUGAACCGAGGAGAUCGGCUGGACGAUAAGCAAUGGCACACGGUGGAGGUUAUUCGAGAGCUUAAGGUGAAAAAAUUAUUGUUCGCCACUAAAUUAUCUACUAUUUCGGAGUGUAAGGUAGACCUGUUUUGUUAUUGCUCGUUUGCAAUAAAUUAAUUACUUUUCCGAUCUGUUUCCUCCCCCCCCUCGCAGAAAGUGACUGUGAGGAUUGAUCUGUGCUCUAAAGCUCAGGUUGUGGAAGAUGAUGGACAAGUUGUAGAGAACAGAGCGUCGUGUGAGAUUGAGGGCGAAGUGUGGGGCUCCAAUGUGUAAGUAGUUUAACUCUUUUACACCCUAACAUCAGUAUUCAUAUUCUCCAUACUGUUCUCCGUACAUUUACUAGGGUGCCGAUAAGGAGAAUUUGUCCAACAAUCAGGAGUUUCUUUAGUUGGUGAUCAUUUCUUUUAUUCUCAUGACAUUGAUGUGUCAUUCAGUGGUGAUAUUGUAAGGAGAAAUUAGAUGCUAGUCACUCUUAGGGGUUAAAGGGUAAAUGUUUACUGUUGGAAGGUAUCUUCAUGAUAAAAAUGUUAUUUCCGACGAAGUUUGAACCAGGAACGAUGUCACCGAAGUGUUUACUGGGAGUCAGGAGGAAAUGCUUUAGUGGACAAUGGCAGAUGAAUCUUAAAUAUAACAAAAUUUCUUACGGAACACGAUAGAUUUCUGACAACAAGGCAAGGCAGUGUACAUUUAUUCCCUUCAGAAACACUAUCAUAUAAUGUUUAUUACUCUGGUAGAGAAAUAAACUUUAUGUGAACGUGUUUUAGAGAAUUUACUGCAGCAGUCAGGACGGCAACGCCAAGGAAAAAGUCGAUUAAUAACAUUUAUUUAUAUUUUUAGUUAGGAUUUAGCGAGUGACUUGAUGUGUUAACCGUCUCUUAUGACACCACACCCCCAAUGAUGUUUUGUUUGGCCACAUUGCCGUCGCCAUCGUAGUUUACCGAAGCCCCCUACUGUCUUCCCCGACAACGUUUCUGCAAUGAUGUUUUUAUUACCUCAUAUAUAGCAAUAAGCGUUCUAAAACCUCUCAGUCAUUUCCUCACUUAGUAAACGUUUAAUAACUAAAAUCAAGAGCGCUUCUCAUAACUCGAUCUUGAUCGACCAGACAAAUCAAUUAAUUCGAUCAAGGAGAAUAUCAUAUCUCUGCAGAUCAAAAGGAAACUAACCGAAAUAACCGAAAUUUACCAAGCUUGUCGGCAAGCUUUGACUUAGUUGCGAGCCCUCACUCUUUGGAGAUGUAUCCACUUUCGGUUCCUCCCUAAGUGCUUCUUCAAAGAAUUCGAUCCAUGUAAUGUAGACCACUUGUACCGAGGGCUUAGCCGUGUUACUUAGUACCUAACCUUAGGCCAGGGUGAACACAAUUCCUCUCGUUUGUCUCCUUCGGGCGUUCCAAUCCCAACGCUUAUAAACGCUGAGUACUACACUGGAAUCUUGAGUAAUUUUGACUUACUAUUUUCUUGCUCUAUAUUACAGGUACCUUAAUGGAUUUGGCCCACUUCAAAUUGGUGGAGUAGAGAACGCGCUCGAAAAUGCAAAGAUCAACUACGCUGGGUUUAAAGGCUGCAUAAGGAAUAUAAAAGACAACGAAGUAAUGUACGAUUUACUGAAUCCUCUUAAGGAAAGGAACACAGAAUUGGGAUGUAAUCUUGAAAACAAUCUGUGUCCGGAUUGUAACGAUCAUGGAUAUUGCGAGCCUUUGUGGACCAACAGUAUUUGUGUGUGCGACCUGGGCUACAACGGGCCCAACUGUAACUCAAGUAAGAUAUGUUGUAUUAGAUUAGAGUUCGUAAGACACGCACGAGAGGAGUUAUCGAUUUACCUUUCGCCACGCUUAGCUUUCCGAUGCUCUGGAAAACUUUGCUGUGUGUACUUGCACCGGUGCGAAUCGCUUGUAAAACAGCGGGCGGCAGACCUUUGUUGCUUGUAGUAGUGUUUCACGUUACUUUCAAAACCGAAUACAUACAUAAUCGGUAAAUAACAGGAGAGGGGGAAGAAAAAACUACAAAAUAUAACGAAACGUGCGCCUUUCCGGGCUCUGAAACGCACCGCGUAGUUUUUACGAACUAACGAAUCAACGCGCAUGUCGGAGAAUGCUGACGUAUUGGUAACGCAACGUAACGGAAAUGUUAACAGAAAUACUGAGGCAGGCGGGUGCCAAUAUACUGUGCUUUCAAAGCAUUUGACUUGGUGGAAACAGUUUUCUCUUUCUUGACUGCAAGGUGAUGUCUUUUUAUUCUGUAGUUACACGAAGUUAUUCUACCGCCGGAAAGGCAAAUGUUGCUCGAAAUGAAACAAAAACUUUUAGACCGUUGACGGCGGUGAUAGCUGCGAAAUGGGUUCGGUAGCACUGAACAUCGAAUUCUGCUUUUUUAGAUAAAAAUGCAAACUGAACUAAAUUCUGAGGACUACUGACUUUACUUUUGAUUAACAUCACAUCAGUCGGUUUUUGUCUUCUGGCGCCCUUGUUUAAGCCCUACCUAUGCUUGUAAGUUAAUCUCUUUUUUGUUUUUGUUUUGUUUGUUUGUUUUUUUACAAGGAACGAAUGCAAACUGGUAUAAACCCAACAGCUUCACUCAGUACCGAAUGAGGCAAACCAAAAGAAAACGCCGCGAACUUGUUCCCCCGCCAGUUUCAAUGACAAACGAAUUCUACACUAACAUUGCCCUUCAAGUUAGGAUCUCUCCCAAUUCUUCCAAUGUGGUUGUCUUCUUGGCUUCUAAUAGCCUGGGAACAGAAUUCAACAGGAUUGAUGUAAGAGCUUUGUUAUUGUUCAAGAAGUUACUGUGUCGCAUGAAAACUUGCGGGUUGCGAAAUACAACGCUGUAAAAAUGUACUAUCUUUAGUCCAAUAAAAAUUACCUUAGUAGUAGUCAGAUGGUAAGAGUAAGAUUUCUGUUUGAAUUUAUUAUUGUUUCAGCUCUUUGGGAAGCAAGGCAUUUUCUACUGCAAUUUUAUAGAAUGCAUAGUAAUAUUUUUAUUUGGAGUGUUUUGUAUGCAAUGUUGAACUGAAAUAUUACACUGUUAUGCAGCUCGAGUAGAAAAAUCGAAAAUAUAGUUCCUUUCAACAAUUCAAGGUACUUCGAAUCACCAACACUUGUUCCCGUAAAACUGGUGUUAAGUCUGGGAAAUGGUCGACAUUUCUAUUUCAUUCACUCAUUCCUUUUGUGAAACGUUUUAUAAUUAGACACGUUAGUCUGUGACUAACAUUGUAACCUUAAUAUAUUACAGGUAAAGAAUCACGUGUUGCGUUACGUCUUCCGGCUUGGUGACCGUAUGAAGAUCCUCAGUAUUCCCCAACUGAACAUAACAGAUGAUAAAUACCACACAAUUGUAGUCAAGAGAGUAGGUAACCGAGCAAGGCUUCAGAUCGAUUACAAUGGUAAAGUGGAGGGGACUACGGGUGGUAUACACAAACUGCUCAACAUGGGAGGAGGAAGCUUCUUUACUGGUGGCUUGCCUAACGUUACUGAGGUAGGGAAAGUCCUCUUAAUCUUGACCAUUUUACUCCCAGGAGUUACCGAUGAGUUAUUCCGGAUCGAUGUCAAUAUCUCAGCAACUGCGUACCUAUCCCUUCCAAGCCCAUUAUUAAUCCGAUCUUGUCAUCAUUUAACUGUUGAGGGAGGGUUAGACGCGCAGUUGCUGAGAUACUGACAUCGAUGAUAUAGUUUGAUUUGAUACCAAUUUCCUGGAUAUAAAUCUUUUAGAAUGUGUGGAACACGAUAAGAAGAAUUGACGUUCGGAUCUAGGGAGUAAAAUGAUUAACGCGGUGAAGAAAAGGACACAGCAAAUAGUAGAGGAUUCCUCGACAGUUUAACUUUACCUCGAAUUUUGUCAUAACUGUUCGGUAACUACUCAAAAACCUUACCCGGGAGAGACAAAUUAUGUUCACCGAACUGCGUUAAUGGGAUAAUCGACUAAAGCAAAAAAAAAUCAAUCUUGCCGAAGAAGACCGGGGAAAGAAAAAUUGCGAGCACAGACAAAUUGCUCAAAUACUUCACUCCAGCAGAAAAGUGUUCCCCCAUAAAGAUUCGAACAAAGUAAUUUUCUCUGCCAGCUUGAUAGACUCUCUUUUAACCGUUUUCUGGAGUCCUGUCCUUGAUCCUUUGGUUUGGAGGAGGGACGGAGGGACGCAGUAAUAUGAUAGUGGGGAUAAAUCAAAGGCAUACUGUUCUAAUAUGUGUUUUUUACCGUAAUAACUUGAACUAAAUUAGCACAGCCGAUAUACACAUGUUAUCUAACUUAAUGGUUAUUUUUUUAACCAGGAAUUAAGCAUUGCAUAACAUUUUUUCCAGGUACGAGUCGUAGAAGCGUUUGUUAACAGUGGCGGUAACGCCAUCUUGCGCACUGCCGACGGCAACAUCAUCUCAAGCGGAAUAGGAAGUGGAUUAUCAGGAUACAGUUCCUCGGAUGCCGAACUCAUGGGCACCAUGAUAACUGUUGGUCUUAGAGGAGAGGUGUACUCCUCAAGUUCGUUCAUGAAAUUGUAUUCCCCACUUGGAAUGCGAGCUCUAGUGGGUUCGUCCGGCCGUAUAUUUGUGGGACGUACUGCAACAACAAGUACGAGAACAUCUAUAAGGACUUACUCCUAUAAGUCAUACACGCCCAUCGGCGUGAAAAGUGGGGGCAAGAUUAAUGUUAGAGUCAUAUCAACGAAUUACAACCCAAGUGGAAGCUCUGUCGUUAUUAGUUCAACCACAGGCGGUAGUGCAGUUGGGUCUUCUGGUGGAGGUGGGUCAUCUGGUGGAGGUGGUUCUUCUGGUGGGGGUGGGUCAUCUGGUGGAGGUGGUUCUUCUGGUGGGGGUGGGUCUUCUGGUGAAGGGGGAUCUUCUGGUGGAGGUGGUGUUGUAACUGGUGGGGUUGGUGUUGUUGGUGGUGGUGGUAGUGUAGGUCGUGGUAUUGGUGGACAAUACGUCACUGGAGCCACGGUAUUAGGAGGUGCUAGCUCUGCUAAUGCAUAUGGACAAAUCAAUGCUUAUGGCACCACGCUUAGUGGAUGGACACUUCUGGGGGCAACCACUGAUGGUGCUAAGGCAGUUGAAGUGAUAGGAGAUUUCGGAGGUGAGUUCAAGGUUCUUAUAUAAGUGGCUCUUAAAAGCACCGUUAUAUUUAUAGAUGGUCUUUGUCGAUUAAGAAUCACGUCUAUGAUUAAAAAGAAUGCGUCUCCUGCCAAUCCACGCAGCCAACGAUGUCUCUGAGUUUGCAAGAUGAACCAAAUAUUGUGUUCUAAUUGGUUGUGCUAGCAAGCACAACCAAUUAGAAAUGGAACUAUUUUGGAGGCUUUUCCCGCCGAAAAUAAUCGCUCAAAGCAAGCAUUUGGUCCCACUAUAAAUUAUCUAUUGAUCAGGGUUUUUGGUUCAAGCUAGCUCAAAUUUGGCCAAAUUCUUAUUUUGCGUCCAAGUGGACCGAUAGGAACAUCUCUACCUGAUGCCUGGUUCCUUUCCAUACUUAUAUUAUUAACACAUUUUUCUUAGGAUGUACGGCGUCAAACAGUUACAAUGGCGUAGAUUUGGACAACGAUAACAGUAUAGAGGCACGGCGUCAGAAUGUGGAAUUCGGUUGUCCGUGUUCUUCAGGUUUCUGUUUGCACGGCGGAACAUGUGUGGAUGCUGUACCUCCUUAUUGUAUGUGCCCGCCUGGUUGGACUGGACCACGAUGCGAGACUGUUGUUACCAGCCCUAAUCCAGGUAUGGCAAAUACUGGUUUAUCCUAUAGUAACACUAUCAGUAUUUCUGCAUUCUAAUUUUAGCGUGAAAGUUCUAAUAUAUGGGUGGAACACUUCUAUUUUUCCCGCUUUUCAAAUUUUUCUGUCGUCUUUGUGCAUCGAACUCUUCAUCAGACGGACAUAUUUCUAACACGGACUCUUGGUGUUGGCCCUGUUAACGCCUGUCUCAGGGGGGGUUGACCUCAGGGCUUAGAUUUUCCAGAGAAGCAAGUAAAAUUAAUAUACUCUCGCUCUCUAUUCAGGCACACGUCCAGGAAGCAGGUGGGCGAAUCCUGCAGUUAUCGCAGUUGUCCUGGUCGUUUUGCUGGCCAUUUUAGCAAUUGUCGGCGCCGUAUUACUGAAAAGGCGACCAGUGCCUGCUGUGGUGGCUGUGGUUGAAGAUGGGCAUGUUCACGACAACAUUCGACCGUACCACGACGAAGGCGCCGGCGAGGAAGAUAACUUCGGUUAUGAUAUCACAACUCUUAUGAAGUACACUUAUGUUGAAAACGGUAUAGCUGGUACAGGUGGCGCAGGAAGUGGCAAGUUCAAGGAUGCUGGGGGUAUUGGCGAAGAAGAGUUCACCGUUGCAGAAAAUAAACCCCUUCUACAAGGAGCGAUGCCUGGUGCUGGUUUACGGCACGGGGUUACAACCAUGACUAAGCGUCGCGUAGUACAUCCUGAAAGCAUUGACGUGAAACAGUUCAUCGAUACGCGCGUUCACGAAGCGGACGGCGAAUACAUCUUAUCCAUUGACGAGUUACACAUUUAUCGGUACGAAGGAGAUGAUUCAGACGUCGACGACCUCAGUGAGCUUGGAGAUAGUGACGAAGAGCCGGAUGAGGAGGAGGAGCAAGAAUUUGCUUUCUUGCAAGAAUGGGGCAAGAAAUUCGAUAACCUUAACCGUAUUUUCAACGAAGACGAUUAAUUCAUGCAGCCGUUUUGUACAUAAGCUGAUUUUUUAAAGAUUAAAUCAAUAGGUUUAGGCACUUUGUUACUCUGCCUUGUUCAAGCUCGUCUAACCACCUCAUAUUUUUGACUUGGAACGUCCAUGACCUCAUUUUGUGAAGAACUGUUCGAAUACGCAAGUUAAACGAGAAAUUCUCGAUGAGACGAGAGUGCUUUUAAUGUGUGUUAGUACAUGUGUAACUCUUAUCGGACAAACUUGGACACUAGCGAGGUACUCGCUGUUAAUUUAAAUUAGCAAAGGUGCGGUUAGAAAAAAGGUUUUGUAUCAGAGGGAAAAUUUAACUCUGACAAAGAAGUUUUUUGUCAUUACCGUGUAAUAGUUAACAUUUAUGUCUGAAGGUUUUCGGUGCAAAAGACGAAUUCAAGUAACUUUGCCGUAAAUUGGGAAAUGAACUUUCUUUGUUUUAGCACAAUAAUCCCUCCUUUACCUUUGAAGUGAGGGGCUACUCGCGCCGGUAAGAACACAUAAAUCUAUUGCAGAGGUCCGUUUUCAAUAGUGUUACGCCUUCUCUUCCGUGUGUACAAUUGGAAAAGUUUAGAAACUUCUGAAGGGAAGGGAACGUAGUCUCAUGACUGGCUAAAUAUUCGCGUCUAAUAUUGAACUAAAAGUGUACACCUGGUGUAAAGUAUCAUUUUAAGAUUUCUUCGAGUUGUUUAAUUUCUUCAUUUUCGUCAGAUAAAGAUGGUGAUAGUGCAAUAACUUGCUAGAUAGAAGUCAAUAAAUUAUGUGUUUGUAGG